CUCAUAUUUUAACAUUCAUAAAAUUUUAUGUUAUUUUAUCUUUAAUCUACACUUUAUUAAUGGGCUAGGACUUGGAUUUGUAAAAUAUUACAGUUAUAAUAUUGGAAAUGCCACUUUUACGUGUGUAAUUUAUCAUUUAUCGGAUUUAUUUUUCAAUAUCUCUCAAAAAUGCCGUUGGAUGUCAACUCAAACCUACGCAAACUCAUCAGUCUUGUUGAUGACUUACGUGAUGUUGGAUUACAUAAAUAUAUAAAUUUGCCCCGGAUUUGCGUUGCUGGAACUCAGAGCAGUGGCAAAAGCAGCGUUCUGGAGAGCAUUGUCGGUAUAGAUUUCCUUCCUCGAGGGGAUGGAAUAGUUACCAGGCGGCCUAUAGAGUUUCGCCUAAACCGCCUUAAGCCUUCGUCCCCCGAGGAUAAAUGUGAUCCCUACAUCGUAUUUGAGGGCAACGAUGAGCGGUUCUACGACUUUGAGAAGGCUCGAAACCACAUUCAGAAACUGACCAACGAGAGAGCUGGGGAAAAGAAAGGCAUUGUAGAUGAUCCCAUUGUUUUAUCUGUUUUCUCGCCUGAUUGCCCAGAUCUUUCACUAAUUGACCUGCCCGGUGUAACCCGGGUCCCUCUCAAGAACAGUGAUCAGACCGACGACAUUGAGAUGCUGACCAAGGAUAUGAUAAUGCGCUACGCCUCUGACCCGCGCACUAUAAUCCUUGCAGUCGUGGCUGCAAACGUAGAUAUGUCAACGAGCGACGCACUCCAGUUGGCCAAAAGAGCAGACCCACUAGGUGUGAGAACACUUGGAGUUAUUACUAAAAUCGAUUUAAUGGAUCAGGGAUCAAGCGCACUUUCAAUGCUUCAGAAUGACGAAGUACCAUUAAGACUAGGCUAUACAGGAGUUAAAAACAGAUCACAAAAGGAUAUCUCAGACGGAGUAACAAUAAAACAGGCUAUCAAAAAUGAAACAAAGUUUUUUAAUGAGCAUAAAAUAUAUCGUACCCUGAACCCAAACCUUUGGGGGAUAGGCUCUCUCGUUGAUAAAUUAACGAAUGUUUUGCUUAGACACAUCUCGACAGUUUUACCAGAACUCAAGCUUGAAGUGACAACAAGGCUAAAGACGGUUAGAGACAGGUUGGAACAAAUGGGGGAUAAGGCUCCCACGGACCCGAAGGAACGCAUAGAGCUUUUGUGGCAGCUGAUCAGCGAGUUUUGCGAAAUGUUCAGCGGGACCAUCAAGGGGCGUUUCGUGAGCAGAUUACACGAGUUUCUGGACGCAGAUGCAGUUUCAAGUGUGCAAAUCAGGGGGAUUUUUAAUGAUUUACUUGACCACUUCAUGACAGUGGACGUCUUUGACAAGGUCUCAGACCUUGAAAUCGACCAGGCGAUAAGAAUCCACGAAGGAGAUUCACUUCCAGGAUUCCCCUCACCUGAUACUUUUGAAUACCUAAUGUUACCUCAAUUACAGAAAAUCGUACCCUCAGUUCAAGACUGUUUAGAUAAAGUGCACAUGACGUUGGAGCUGUUGAGCUUUAAGGUAGCUGAGAAGGUAUUUGGACGUUUCCCCUCACUGUGUGUGAGGGUCCAGAGCCUGAGUCAGCAGUUGUUUAAUGAUGAGAAGGAGAAGACUCGUGAGAUUCUGGACAACUACAUAGAAAGCGAAACACUGUAUAUAUUCACAAAUGACUCAAAGUAUAUGAUUGAGAAGGAAGAAAAACAGCCAGAGGAGAAUCAAGCGUACCUGGACAAGGCGUCACAGAUGACACAGUCGACAGUAAACGCAGUGUCCACUACAAUCGACAAUUUCAGAGGGAGGAAGACCAGAUACAGUCCAACAUUCAUCCAAGAGUUCAGGCGACGCCUCAACGUAUACUUCUCAAUUGUGCUAAGGAAUGUUCGAGACUCAGUACCAAAGAUAGUCGGGCAUUUCCUCGUCCGCAAGAGCCAGAAGAACAUGCUUUAUAAGAUUUACACUCAACUUAGCCAGCAGGAAGAUCUUGACCAGCUAUUCGGUGAGCCAGACCACAUAGCACAUGAACGGCAGAUACUCAAGGAACAAGCAUCCGUCCUUUCGAAGGCAAUUAACAUAAUCAACAAAGAUUUCUCCAAAGGAAACGAUUUCGACCAGAGUCUAGAAAGGGAUAUUAUUACAUCCACAGCAUCAUACGCCUCAGUGUUAUACAAAAAUAAGAACCUAACGAAUGCAACUAGUAUAUCAACAGCACCAUCAAUUCAUAAUUCAUCUGAAAACAUGGGAAAAGGAAGAUUCGAAUCAGUUACAGAUAACGUAAAGGGAGCUGAAGAGCCUGGAAAAAGUAGCCUCAACAAUGUAAAUAAUGUAAAAGAAAUGGACAGAGUGAAUUACAGAUUUACCAGUCCAUCGCAUCACGCAAAUCCAGUAAAUAUACAUAAUAAAUUACCGAGGUCCAACCUCUCAAACUUUGGAUCAAAUAUAGUUAACGGAUUCAAUAAUCUAACAGUAUCCAAGAAAACGCCUUCCAAUAAUCCUCUUUUCGAUUAAUUUCAUUUUUCAUAUUUUAAACAAAA